ACCGCCGUGCUCACGCUCUCCCGCGUGUCCGAUUUUAACGAUUGAUAAUUAUUGGCAAUCUUAAUUAUUACCGUAAUAGCAAUAUUGAUGAUACUCGCAAGUUACCGCCCCACACGCGCAUUUAUAUUUAUCGUCCACUGCGUGGCUACCGUUUCAAAUUAAAUUCGUUGCUUUCCUUAUUGCCGCGAAAUUUCCAACUAUUCGCUUUCGUUAUGUCGUCGCUAUAUCGUCGUUAUGUCCUCUCGCUAUACGUUAUGUCGUCGUGAUGUUAUAAUGAUAAUUGAGUAGGCGCUCAAGCCGGGAAUCGGAAACUUCCUUGGAAUCUGCUACAUGGAGCCCCCGUUUUUUUUCCGAUAAGCGUGCGCCUCGGCUUCUUUAUGAGCUCAUAUAUAUGCGAUUCGUGCGCGUACAUAUAUACAUAUGCAUACAAAGGAGAUACGCGAGUACCUGGCACGUAUCUGCAUUCCUACGAGGCGACGGAGCCCUCCACGCGGGAGUCCACCGUCGAGAGACGGGCCUGAAAGGGCCCCCAAUGCGUUCGUGAACACGUCGGCCCUAUGGCAUGCGGCUCGGCUCAGCUCUCAGUGCGGGGUCAUGAGAAGUUAAGUAGCCACUCCGGGGUCCCACUUCGAAGGCGAACCUCCCAAAGUGUGAUGCAACGUACGCCUCAAUCAGCGACGUGUAAUAAUCCCGUUUCUCAUGCCCAUUCCCGCCGUGAUCGAUGCCACCUGACGACUUCGUCUGUCGCCACUCGCCCCAUCUUCAAAGAAUAAUUAAAAAUACAUCGACGAUGGAAUUUUAGGAAGCUUGGCCUAGAUCUGGUGCCACGUCAAGGUGCUCACAUGGUGGACCCAGAUACAAUGUCUGUCGUCGAAUUAUAUCACGUGCACGUGCAGAGCGCCGAGAACUCGCAGGGCGCGUCGGCCCGUGGCACCCUUCGUCGCAAGGAGCACAAAAAGAUCCUCACUCACCACCUGCAUUUCUGCAUGAGAGACUUUGGCCACUCGGUCGGCGAGGACACCGAGAUCUAUUUCUCCUUGUUCGACGCCAAGCGGCUGCAGUACCUGAGCGAGCGUUUCCUCGUGCGCAUCUCCAAGGAGGGCUUCUCCAACUACGUGGAAAAGAUGCACAACAACUGCACAAUCUUCACAGAUCUCGGCAACUCUGACCUAAGUCGGGAUCUCUAUAUGAUCGCCCAUGUGAUGCGCUGCGGUAGGAUGUUGUAUUCCGAUUCCGGCAAGAACAAGACCGGGACAGCGACCUACAGACGACCUCAUGGAGUCGCGGUGCUCUCUCUGACGAAUAUCUCCUUGACGGAGGCUGCACAGGAUCACGCGGAGGAACACGAAAUGACGUUUAAGGUGUAUCAAGGUGAUGAGAAGGAGUUCCAUCAGCUGCACGAGCAAAUCAUACGUAAUAAUAAGUGUUCUCCAUUGCCUGGACAGCCCAAUUACGGAAUAGUGGUUUCCCUUCGUAUUCUGCACGGCGAGUUAUCUCAGGUUCGGGAGGAAAACCCAUUGCUAUUCAAAAAUAUCUGCCUCACGAAGAAGCUCGGCUUCUCCGACGUCAUCAUGCCGGGCGAUGUGCGUAACGAUCUGUAUCUGAAGCUGGAGCGAGGUGAAUUCGAACGCGGCGGAAAGUCCACUGGCAAGAAUAUUGAGGUGACAAUCUUGGUCUUGGAUGCGGACGGUCAACCUUUGGAGGGGUGCUUGUUUGGAGCCGCGGGGAUGGACGGUAGUUCCGAAUAUCAGAGCUUGGUCAUAUAUCAUCACAACAGCCCGUCAUGGGCAGAAACUGUGAGACUGGCGAUACCUAUCGACAAGUUCUACGGUAGUCACGUGCGUUUCGAGUUUCGACACUGUUCGACGCGCGAGAAAAAUGACAAGAAACUCUUCUCCUUCGCGUUCGUUCGGCUGAUGGAGCCCGGAGGAGCUACUCUUCAGGAUGGUCCUCACGAGUUAUAUAUUUACAAAUGCGAGGAACGUGCAAAAUUGGAUUCACUGAGUUACCUGUCGUUGCCGAGCAGCGCGAGAGAACCAAGCGCCUCAGGUCCACCGGCCUUCUCCAGAUCGCCCAAGGAAGCCGUGUUUGUGCACACCUUGCUCUGCAGUACCAAGCUAACGCAGAACGUUGACUUACUUAGCCUACUGCAAUGGAAGGCCCAUCCCGAACGGAUAUCCGAGGCUCUCAGUCGCGUUCUUCGACUAGAUGGCGAGGAGCUGGUGAAGUUUCUCCAGGACAUCCUCGAUGCGCUGUUCUCCAUGUUCCACACCGAGGACGGCAACUCUACAGCGCAUUCGGGACUCGUGUUCCAGGUGCUUGUUUCCAUCUUCAGCCUAUUGGAGGACCCCAAGUUCGAGCACUUCAAACCUGUGAUGGACGCUUACAUUUCCGACCACUUCGCCGCCGCUCUGGUGUACAAGGGCCUCCUCAGCAGUGUACAGCAUUGCGCUGACUGGGUAACUGCGGCGGAAAAGCAAGAGCCGAUCAUGAAGUGCUUCCGCUCGCUCGAGUACAUCUUCAAGUUCAUCAUUCAAAGCCGAUUGUUGUUCGCUCGGGCGACCGCCGGUCAAUACGAGGACAGCUUCAAGCGCGAUCUGCACUGCGUGUUCGCGGCCCUCAACAAGAUGCUGUGUAUUCCGUAUGAGAUGGUGCUAAAAUCACAGAUCGCAUUGCUGGAGUCGAUCGCGGCAGUGUUUGAGCAGCUGGUGGCGGUGCUGCCGGUACUCGAGGUGGCCAAGCUUACCUGCACGAUGCUAGAUUCGGUACCACGGGAGUCAUCGUUGCAACUCACGCAGGCCAAGCUGAUCGCUAUUAAGAAUCUUACCUCGUCCACUCUGUUCCGCGAAGACGAUGAGAGCAGGAAUAUGCUGCUCGUUACGAUGUGCAAACACCUGCGUCUGCAUUUGGUUCGUAGAGAAGAACUGCGCUCUUGCACGGAUAUCUUGGGCGAGAUGCUCAGCUUCCUGCACAAACGUGGUAGGGAUACGAAUAAAGUCAACAACUGCAUUCACCACGACGUCGAGACGCUGUGCCUAUCCGUGCUCGAUGUUCUCAUACAGGCCAUUCAGAUCGUAAUUAAAUCCAGUCCAGUCCUCGGUUGUUUAGUAGCCUGUUUAAUAGGACUGCUUCAACUUCUCGAUGAGUAUCAUUACACGCAACUCUGGGAGGAAUUGACGCAUGCUGGUGAGCGGAAACCGCUCAAGGAUUUCCUACUCAAGGUGUUUGAGGUGUUGGGCGAGCUCGUGCGCCAAGAAGUCUUUCCGCCGGACUGGCUGGUCAUCAGGAUGCAGGCCAAUAAUGUUAUCCUGAGAUCGUUACAGGAACUUGCGCAACCGCUCGCCUUCCGUUUCCUGCACGGUAGCUUCGACUCGCAGCUCUGGUCAACGUACUUCAAUUUGGCGGUAGCUUACCUCACUCAGCCGUCGCUUCAGCUCGAGCAAUUCUCUGAAGUGAAGAGGGAAAAGAUCGUGGAAAAAUACGGCGAUAUGAGGGUCCUCAUGGGCUUCCAGAUAUUAUCCAUGUGGUCGCACUUGGGCGAACGUAAGCUCGAGUUCAUACCUGGCAUGGUUGGACCCUUCCUCGAAGUUACUUUGGUGCCCGAAAGCGAACUCCGCAAGGCGACUUUACAUAUCUUCUUCGACAUGAUGGAAUGCGAGCAGCGAGCCCGUGGAAGUUUUAAGUUGGUGGAAUCCGAGCUGAUCGACAAACUGGAUAUUCUCAUCAGCGAGAACAAGGGUGACGACGAGUAUAGGCAGCUGUUUAACACUAUGGAACACCUUAGCGCCGUAUUGCUGGACAGGGUGCAGUCUGAGGAUCCGGCGUGGAAGGAUAGUGGAACGGCUUUCAUAACGUCCAUCACGCGUUUGUUGGAAAGACUUCUCGACUACAGAAGCGUUAUCCAGGGCGACGAGAAUCGCGACAAGCGUAUGUCGUGCACCGUGAAUCUGUUGAACUUCUACAAGAAUGAAUUCAACCGGAAGGAGAUGUAUCUGCGUUAUAUCUACAAACUGCACGAUCUGCACCUGGCCGCUGAAAAUUAUACGGAAGCUGGCUUUACGAUGAAGCUGUAUGCUGACCAGUUAGACUGGGGAUCCACAAUGCUGCCACCUGAUCAUGCCCAUCCUCAGCAGCUGGAGUGGCAGCGUAAGGAGCUGCUUUACCAUAAGAUCAUUCACUAUCUUGAUCGCGGCAAGUGCUGGGAGAAGGGUAUCCCUUUGUGUAAGGAGCUAGCAGAGCUAUACGAAACCAGAUUGUACGAUUAUGCCAAGCUCAGUCACGUGUUGAAGUUGCAAGCCACGUUUUUGGAUAAUAUUUUGACACAGCUGCGCCCGGAACCGGAGUACUUCCGUGUUGGAUUUUAUGGACUUAGCUUUCCGCUUUUCGUCAGGAAUAAGUUGUUCAUCUACCGUGGUCUGGAGUAUGAACGAAUAGGAGCAUUCACGCAACGGUUGCAGACCGAAUUUCCAUGUGCGCAGAUAUUGAUGAAGAACUCCCCGCCGGACGAAAGCAUACUGACUUCCGAGGGUCAAUACAUUCAAAUUUGCAAUGUGAAACCGAUCCCCGAAGAAGGCAGCUUAGCUUGCAGCGGCGCGGAAGUGCCAGAGCGCGUGGUCGCCUUUUAUCUGGUGAACGAUGUGCGCAGGUUCACUUUUGAUCGUCCUCUUCAUCGAGGCCCGGUGGAUCGCGAAAACGAAUUCAAAUCGCUCUGGAUUGAAAGAACAAUGUUAACGACAGAAGCACGACUACCAGGAAUUCUUCGAUGGUUCGAAGUGAUCGAGAAACGGUCAGAGCUGAUGGCGCCAGUACAGUACGCUUGUGAGACCAUGCAAAGUGUAGAGAAAGAACUGAGAAGAUUAGUUACACAGUACAGAGCCGAGCCGCACAGAAACAUCAAUCCCUUCAGCAUGCGGCUACAGGGUAUCAUCGACGCCAACGUGAUGGGUGGCAUCACCAAGUACCAAGAGGCCUUUCUCACGCCAGAGUUCGCUUGGCAGAACCCCGAAAUGGUGCCGCACGUGAACAGACUGAAGGGCCUAAUUCUGGACCAGAUGAACGUUCUAGAGUCUGGUCUGGUACUUCACGGUCAGAUCGCGCCGGACGGGGUCCAGCCGCUGCACAAGAGGCUUAUCGAAAGAUUCACGCAGCUCAAACAAGGCCUUGGUCCUCUGGCUAGACAGAGAACUAUUCAUCAAGAUAGUAUUGUCAAUUCGCCACUGCCACCUUUGCCAAUUAACGACAAACAGCGUCCGGUCACUCUGGAGACCGCCGGUUCUAGAGCGUCGCACGCCGACAGCGACGGACUUCCGGAGGACGAAGGCUUUUAUACUAGAGUGGACGGUGCACCGCCGCCUAUUCCACAACGAGAGAUUCGACCACGUUCCGUCGGUUACGGUUCCACGCCACCGAGACCCACGCAUCAGAGGUCCCUCAGCAAACCGCUAAGUCCGAAACUGCCACUGAGGCAUUCUUUGCCAACUCCUACCGAUGGCGUAGACCAAAGUGGCCUCAGAAGUUCUUGGAGUGAACCCGGACCUGAGCCCGCACCGCCGUUACCACCCAGAGGCUGCACGCUUCUUGUUGCAGCUCCGGAUAAGAGAGAUUCUAACACAAACACAAACACAGUCGUGCCACCGGCGCCACCGAAACGUCUAGCGCACAAACGCAACACAGAGUGGAGCACAGACGACGACUCUGAGACGCAGAACGAACCAAACGAUUUGCGCGACAGCGGCAUCUCCACAGCCAGUUUGCUGGAUUUCCAAUCACACCUGACGAACUUGAACAACCUCGGUUAUGAGGACUUUGAGCCGCGCUCCAGAUGUAACGAUAUCAUGAAUAUCUCGCCACCCUCUGUGAUAAGCGCGCUAAACGUCUCCACCGGUAGCUUCGCCAGCGGCACAUUCCAGAGCUCUCAUUCUCUUCCGGGUCAAGAGGUGAGCCCUCCACCAAUUCCUCCCAAGGCCCACCAGGAUACUCCUUCAGCCCCUUCGACUUUAGAAAGAGUAUCUAACCGGACGCAAUCUCACGGCCAUUCGGAGAAUUACUCCGUGCCGAAGAUGCAGACACUCUCCGUGGCGUCCGACACGGAGAGCACCGUGUAGCGACGAUGUAUCUCCCUAGUCCUUAGCGAUUAAUCGUGAUGUGUAUGUGCCAUGGUCGGGCGCGAAUCCUGUAUUCGAUUCGUUCCAGUAUUGGGCGGACUCUCUUAGACGGUAACUUAACAUAAACGUAAGAAUGUCGUCAUCAUCGUCUUCGUCGUCGUCGUCGUAUCUAAGGGGAGAAGUGCGGACUCGGAUCUAUUGUUGUGGAAGUCUCUGAUAUCCGCACGCCAUCUCGUACGUAGCUGCUAGCCGUAAGGUAAACAAACCGAAUGUAAACGACCCGAAAUCGGAUCCUUCCGAACGUAAACAAAAUGGAUCGUACGCGUAUAUUCCUACUAGGGAUAGGCGAUGUUGAAGGAAAGAAUAGACGUCUAAAUGAUGGAUUUAAAAAAAUCAAAUUUUUAUAAUUGAUUAUACUUCAAAAGUAUUUUGAAUAUUCAAUUAAUUUAUAAUCUUUUCAUGACUACUCAAUAUGCUAGUAAGAGUUACAUAAUAAUAAACUAAUAACCCAGAGAGCUAAACCUGCGCGAGCAGAUUUUACGUAGAGUCUGUCAACAGACUCUGUAGACAGAAUGGUAAAACAUUUCACGCAGAAUCUUUUCUGACGACAGAUUGAUGACAGACUGCGCGCAGAGCCUGUCAACAGACUCUGACGACAGACUGACGGUAGAUUGCGCGCAGAUUCUGUUUCCUAGAUAGGCUAUUUAAUUCUAUCAAGGACCAUAUGUACGCUAU